AUGACAGCUGAAAGAGACAAGUGUUUGUCCUGCUUUUCAAAUGUUCUCUCUUUACUCCUUUGUCUCUUUACUCCUUUGUUUGUAGAUAUCCUGUUCCAGCCCAAUAUCUCCCUGUCUUCCUCCAUGCUGGGGGUCUCCCAGGACCAGCAGCAGGGGCUGCAGGUGUUCAGGGACCACAGCUUCACCAUCACCUGCUCCAUCCAGCCACAGUACCCAGGAGGCUCCUUCCACCUCACCUUCACUGGCUCCAACACAACCCUGAGACACACCCUCAUAGCUGUCAAUCAUUCUGCCAACUUCCUCUUUCCUGCUGCAGACCACGCCCACCAAGGAAACUACAGCUGUGUUUAUGAAGUCUACGUUUUCUCUCAUAACUUCACCUCUGAGAGUGAACUCCUCUCUUUCAAUUUUGCAGCCAAUCCUCUGCCAGCUUUCAUCAUCAGAGUGGUGGUGGUGCUGCUGACUCUGCUGAUUUCCAACACUGCCCUCUAUCUGUACUUUAAGACUCCCAGGAAGCCUGCAGAGAGGGGGAGCAUGGAGCUGGUCUCCCUGCAUUCCAGUGCUGAAGCUGGGCCAGGAGAGGAGAGAGCAGCCCAGAGGAUGGAGCAGGAGGAGAGUGCUGUCUAGACGCUGAUCUGAGGUCAGUCAUGGAGUCCCUGACAAUGGUGACUGACAGAACUGGGAGAAGCUGGUCUGAUCCUGGAUCUGGGUCUUUGGACCAGUUCCACCAGGAUUACUUAAAUAUCGGCAACAUCGAGUGUUAAUCACAGUUUUAUCUUUUCUUGUUAUAUUAGCUAGAAUAACUGUUAAUUGUAACUUUUCUAUAGCACAUAUUUGUUUCAGCAUGGUUGCUUCAUUAUUAAUGUUUACUUGAAUAACUUAGUAUCUGUAAUAGGAUUACUAUAGUGUUUUUCUCUUGUUUUUUUCAAAGAUUAUUUGUACUUUAAUUGAGUUUAUUUUGUAACACAAAAAAAGGUUUUGAAAGGUUGAAAGAAAAAUGUAUUAAAAAGGUUUCUAAACUAAAGUUUGCAUUGAUGAGUACUUCAUGAGGACUCUAUACACAGUCUCGCUAAAAAGAUGACCAGUGUUGUUAUGGGCUCAAAUAAACACUCAUUGCUAUGUUUGUAGGAAGGGAAUCCAAAAAUCAAUAAAAA